AUGUCGAGCAAGAAUCUGUCGCUUGUUUCUUCCGGCCACCAGGCCCGUCAACGAGAGAUAAACCAUAGGCCGGGCCCUAAGGGCUCCAAAAAAGGCCAUGGUCAGAGUAAUCAAUCAAAGACCAAUCAAAACCGAAAUUGGGGUUCGAACCGGGCGAGCAAAGGCUACCCGAUGCCCUCCGCUGGAAAGCAGAAUUUAAUCGCUGAAGCGCUUGACGAUGGACCGGUCAUGCAGCCGGGGAAGAAGAACAACUUCAAUCAUCUUCUCAGCUUCCAAGAUUACUCUGCUCCAGCUCAUUCAAAUAACUCCUCUUCUUCUUCUCACAAUCGUCGAACUCGAUACAACUCUUUCAAACGACCAAUGCGCUCAAAGGAGGAUUUUGUGCAAGCAAACUCUCAAUUCGUCAUCCGCGAAGGCUGCGAGCUCGAAAUGGAACCAUUCAAGUACGAUCCGGACUUGUCCAUUCCUUGGAAAUUCAUUGAAGUAGCUCGAUUCUUCUCCCAGGAGCAAACCGAGUGUCCGAUCUGUCUCCACCCGCCCAUCGCUGCGCAAGUCGGUCGCUGCGGCCAUGCUCAUUGUUACUCCUGCAUUUUGAAGCUGCUCACCAUUUGCGAAAAGCCUCAAUGUCCAGUUUGCUUCGGCCACAUCAAAAAAGCAGAUCUUCGUUCAGCCAUCCUUGAGGUCGAGAAACGCCCACGAAAGGGGACCAAAGUCGAAUUCGUCAAAAUGAACCGAGAACGAUCCUCCGUCGUCGCCAAAAUGGUAUCAACGAAGAUCUCCGAGAACGGGUCUUUCUUCGGUCGAUAUGAGCGGAUUGUGGAAAAGAAGGCGAACGAGAUUAUUUCGAAUGUGCUGGACCGGGAGGAAGCUGAACUGGCAGUCCAAGAAGUGGACACAGAAGAAAGCGAGCGGCCGUUUAUCCAACAAGCAAAGCAGCUAGUCGCGCAACGAAAAGGAGAACUGGAGAAAAUUGUCUCGAAGAACAAAAACUCGAAAAUGCAAGAAAUCGAAAUCAAACCCAAAAAGGAGAAAUCUCCUGCCGAGGAAGCCAAGAAGGUUGAAGAAGGCAAAUCUGAACCUGAAAAGCUUCCUCCCAAAGAGCAAACUCCGCAGCAAAUCGCAUCUGAAAUCAUCUCUGAUCUUCUCGGAAAAAUCAAUUUCGCAGAAAAACGAGAAGAGAAAGAGCUCACUCCUCCAAUCAGCUUGAACGAUGUUGAAACCAGCUCGAUCGAAUCCGACGAUAGCGACAACAGCUACUACUUCUAUCAAGCGGUCGGAUGCACCAACAUCUUUCUCGGAUCUCUGAACGCAAAGUGCAUGACUACAGAGUUUGGAACGAUCAAAGAUGCUCCUGAGCGAUUCUCAGCUUCGCUUGUUGAAUUGGAAGAUUUCACCAUGGAAAUGGAUUUGCGAAAGCGAUUCCGCUAUCUAUCUCAUCUUUCUUGCGGAGAAAGCUUCUCGCUUGCGUAUGUAAAUAUUAACGACCUUGGAUUGUCCAAGGAAACUCUCGAAAAGCACAAGAGUCACAUCACAGCGAAGAAAAAGAAGAUCAAAACUAAGGAUCGACAAGAAAACAAAGCUUCUGCUGAAAUUCAGGAAUACUAUGACCGGGAGCUCUACGGAAAAUACCGAGCUCCGGAGUUCGAAAUUUCCUCUGAAGAAACCUUCCCCGAUUUGAUGAUUAGCCAAGAAGAAAGCCCAGAACUCAGUCCAAUCAGAGCGGUUGACGCUCCAGUCAAAAGUAUUUCCGGCGCUUGGGCGAAGAAAUCCAACGCUACUUUCGAUCUUGAAGCUGAUUUCGCUCCUCUUGGCGGUGGAUCCUCUCCCCUUCUUCCCGGCGGAAGCAGCGGCAGUUUUUGGGAUUCAAUGAAGAAAACAUCCGCUUCUGAGAAUACAAAGGGACAGGCUAAAAAAGCGCCCACUUCUCCAGCUGCUUUUGAGCAAGACGACUUUUUGCCGCCACCAACUCGAACUCUCGGCGACGAAUUCGCAAAAGCUCUCAAUGCCGCAGCGGCAACCAAGGCCGCGCCCAAACCCGAAGAAGACAAGAAGCCGAAACGCGCCCAGAAAAAGAAGAAGGGCAUCGUUCUCGCUUUCUAA